AAGCAAGAAGAUUUAAGAGGCCACUAGGUGCGUGACAGCUGGGAAAAUCUGGAAGAUACCAAACCCAAACGAUACGCGCUAAACAGGGAAAAGUAACUCGGCAAAGAAAUUUCUGAAGAAAGAAAAAGAUGAAGAAAAAAUAAAAACUCUUCUUCCUCGACGUCAAACUAAUUUCUGAGGAAUUUUCAGAGCUUCUCGCGUUUUCCAUUUGACUUUUGGGAUCGAUCCGUUCGUGGAUCGGUCGAAUUUUUAUCUCCACAAUUAUCUAUAAAGGCAUUUUAGACUUUAGAGUAAUAGGUGGGAGAUGGCAAGUGGGUUUGGGCAAUCAACAAGCAGGCCACCCCAAAACCCAUCAUUUUCUAGCAAUAGCAGUAAUGGUGAUGCGGGUAAUUUUGAAUGCAACAUUUGCCUUGACCUAGCCCAGGAUCCCAUUGUAACUUUGUGCGGCCACCUUUUCUGUUGGCCUUGUCUUUACAAAUGGCUCCACUUUCACUCACAAUCCAAGGAAUGCCCUGUUUGUAAGGCUCUGGUGGAAGAGGACAAGUUGGUUCCCCUAUAUGGUAGGGGUAAAACGUCGACUGACCCUAGAUCGAAAUCCAUUCCUGGUGUUAAUAUUCCUAAUCGUCCUGCUGGGCAGAGGCCUGAAACAGCUCCUCCACCAGAACCGAAUCAUUUUGCCCAACAUGGGUUUGGAUUCAUGGGAGGGUUGGGAGGUUUUGCACCAAUGGCAACAGCUAGGUUUGGGAAUUUUACACUGUCUGCAGCUUUUGGUGGUCUCAUUCCUUCACUUUUUAAUCUUCAAGUGCAUGGGUUUCAUGAUACUGGUAUGUAUGGAUCAGCCGCUGGCUUUCCUUAUGGGUACUCUAAUUCAUUUCAUGGUGGCCAUGCACAUGGAUAUCCUCAGCACCAAGGACAAGGGCAACAAGAUUAUUAUCUGAAGAGGCUACUUUUGUUUAUUGGUUUUUGUGUUCUUCUUGCUCUCAUUUGGCAAUAGAUUAAAUCUGUUAUGAAAGCUUAUUGACAAAUGUUUAGGAUUGUGAAUCUCGUCUUUGUAAAUCCAAUAGCGCAUUUUUUUUCUCAGUACUCAGGAAAUAGUCCACAGUGUAUACUGUCAUUUCAGUACAUUGAAGCUCUCCAUGUUUUCAGUAGCUAUGUGGAAUGUGAUUUGCAUAUUUUUCUUUGUUGCA